UAUUUUAGACACAAUCGAGCAGGCAACACACACUUAAAAAUUUAAUGUGAGUUCAGAGCUUGAUUUGGGGAAAACAGUUCUAGCACUUUUAGCGUGAUGGACGAGGAACGCUCCAAUCCGCCCUUCGAUCCGAGCAUCGCUCAAAGUGACUACUCGCGUGGUCGGUUAAUGAACCAAAGCUCCAUGACAUUGACUCGCGGAUAUGACUCCACCCGACUGCUUUUCAAGGGCGAAAACUUCCAGCAGACGCGCAGCGAACAGGACUUCUUCUUCGACUGCCAGGGCCCGGGGGAGGAUUCGCCGAAGGAGGGCCGUAGUGUCACCAGCCGGUGCAAGCUGGAUGAUCCGGCAGCGAUACGAGAGGCCCUGGAACGGGCGGCCAACGCCACUCAGAUGCUACUCAAGAACUUUGACACGACCGGCUGGAAUCAGCCGUGCGCCGUCACCCUGGAGUUGACCGCUCGGUUGGUUGACCCCAAGAAGGGUCGCGCCGGUUGUCCGCUGCACGGGAAACCCGUCACCGUCCAGAUGCCGCUGGAGUUCAAUCCGCAGAGCGGCAAGGUGGCCAGGUGCCAGCAAAAGAAGCCGCCGGUCGGCAGGCAACGCAAGGAGACCAUGUGUCAGUGCCGCUUGCAGCAGCGUUCGCGUCCCGCUCCAAGGGGUCCAAAGCCCAGCUCAGAAUGCCCGGCUCUGAUGUACAUGCACCAUGAGCGACAUUCCAACAGCGACCCCAACUCCCGCCACCAACAAACCGAGCUAUCCCACCUGAGAGAUCACUGGAAGCCCUCGAACACCCAACGGUCGCAACAAUCUGACUGUGAAGACCCACGUGCCAAGCCUUCGCAGACGGAGGACUCCUUUCUCCGGAAACACCACACGCCCACGAACCCGGAUAAUGGGCCGUCCUGCUCAUGCUCGCUGAAGAGGUCCAAGUCCGCCGAUCCACCAGCGGUUAAAGGCCACCCAUGUGGGCUGGGUCAUCAGGAGAAACCCAGCUCAAAGAAGCCCUGCUCCCAGAAGUCAGAGCCCGCUUCCUUCAAGAGUGCUAUAACAGCUUGUACCAAGGAGUUGCUCGAUCCCUGCUCUUGUGGCACCAACCCACCAUACUGGGCUGGCCAAAGCAACUUGGUAACCGGUCCAUCCUACAGUAGGGCAAUGGACCCCACCAAAUCCUUUAAGAGUUCGAACACUAUCGCUCCCUUGCAUAAACCAGGAGCCAGCCUUGGUCGUUCCAAGAGUUUAGCCAGUCUGUCCAGUAAACCCUAUCCUCCAACCCAGAGUGGCGUCACUUGGUUGUCCGCCUUAAAGGAUCCGGAGAGUGAAGGCUGCCCUGCCAAAGAAGAGAAAAGUCCUCCAUGUACCUACACCGCUACCCAGACUGAUCAGGAGCCUUCAAUGAGUUCACAUCCUCAGAGCCACCCAAACUAUCGCAGUAUGACAUCCAAAUCAAGUGCUUCCAGGGUGAUAAGCCCGCGCAAUCAACUCUCCUUUGGGGUAGGCGAGGAGACCUCGGCCACCACACGAUCCCAGUCGAUUGUCGGCAAGGUCACCUGCCUAUGCGGAUCGGAGCAUCAGACCGCCAAGGGCUUUGUGUCGAGCCUGGCCGAUCGGGAGUGCACCGAGGGCGCAGAACAGAUUCAGAUUGUGCCAUGCCCCUCCACAAGAAUACAGCAUCCAUCCGGGUUUGCCCAGUUCAACGAUUGUCAGACCUCUCAGUUCGACCCCAGUCCCUCUUCCCGUUCUAGGCAAGUGAGCGCUAAGGGUCGCGAUGAGUUUUGCGACUGUGAUGCUUCUGAUAACGACUCCGAAUUGUCCGAUCCCAUCCAGACCAGUCUUCAUACGCACAGGAGUCUUUCUGGCGCUAGUUGCCUGUGCAAAGGCGAUGACACUCCACCGGAGGAACCCGCAAAGCUAACGUGUGUCAGCAAGCAAUGUCAGUGCUCUUCGAAGGACGACCUUCGGGGGAUGCAAAGUGCCCAGGAUGGCACUGGCUAUCAGACACCAGAGGAUCUAUGCGGGAUGGCCUGCUGUUCGCGUAAAGAGCGCAUCAUGAUCCUGAUGGAGAAACUCACCAGUCCAUCGUGCGAUUGCGGCGUGUCUCGUUCCUGCGUGACCCAACAGCUUUUCCGGGAACUGACACUACUCCUGAGAUCGGAAAAAGAGGAUGCAGUUGCUCCAGCGGAUGAGCCAAGCCCACCACCUCUGACCUUAGAUGAGUGCUGUGCCACGCAACAUGAUCGCAAUGGGGAAGAGGAACCAGACGAAAAACCCAUGUCGAAGAGGGAGCUCCAACGAGUCGAGUGCUUCCAUCAGCUGGAGGAAUACCUCUGCAAGUGCUUCCUGCCGCCGGCGGAACCUCAGAUCCCUGAAACCGACAUCUAUGCUUUCGAACUGGAUCCGGAUUUUCCACCAGAUCCCGAACCGCCAAAAUCUCCGGAGGAAAAGGACAAAAUGAAACCUUGUCAGUGCCCGGAGCCUUUCUUUGACAUUGGAAAUGCACUAACCUGUUCGGGUGAUGGCUUGGAUGAUGACUUCUUUCGCGACUGUGAGGACGACGAGGAUGCUAAAAAGUGCGACUGUAAGGACGAUGAUAAAGCAACUGGAGAGCCGGAUCUGUGUCAAUCUCUUAAAGCAUUCAUCGACAAGGAACUGCAAGAAAUUCUUGCGGAGGAGAUCAACAAGGAAGUCGAUGAAGGCGAAGAACCAAAAACACCCACCACAGUACUGAAGGAAAUCUGUGAGAGACCUACAGUCGCGGCGCCACCGGAAGAAGAGGAGAAAUCCGAAAAGAUUGAGUGUCCAUAUUUAGGAAUGGUGUCCUGUCCUCCUUGGACCACACAGCAAACGGACUGGGCAGACUUCCCCUACAACUUAGAUCCCUGUGCCCAAAAGGAGUCACCUAGCCCGCCGCCCAAGGGUCCACGUACUGGACUGUUGCCCGAAGGACCUCUGCCACCCGAUGUGAGAAACCUCUGCGAGCAGCUCCUCCGGAAAGCUCUCAAGGAUUGUGGGCUAUGCGGUGACGAUGGAAGUCUGUACUCCUGCGAGGAUGAUGUAUGCGAAGAGUGCGCGCUCGACUGUGAGGAAUGCCCGGAAGAUUGUCCGUUGGAAAAGUGCGAGGAAUGCGAUGACGAGUGUCCCCAGGAAGAACAAGGAUGCCUGUGCUGCCACUGUCGCGCUCUCAUAUGCGACGAGGAGUGCAAGACGGUUUCCAAUACCCUGCGCUCCGCAAUGUGUGAUCCACUGUGCGAAAUGAAAUACUUUAUAGACUCGAUCAUCGUUGAUAUGCAUGCCAUGGACUGUGUGCUCGGCAACAAGCAAGCCAAACCAAAGCACAUUAAGGCAAAAACAGCGAAUUACAAAGGUGGACCGGGCGAUAGUUUUCCCGUCAAAAUCACAGGUGUUUGCGGUUUGGGUGACACAGCUCUCUACGUCCGAUGGAAUGUGGAGGACUGUCGCGCUAUAGCAGGAUAUGAGAUUUACAUGGAUGGGCAUUUGAAGAACCGAUUCUACAGUUUUCGUCACGAGGCCGGAGUUAUUACCAAUGUGGAUGUGACCAAUCCGCACCUGAUUGUUCUGCGUGCCCUUGCGGUGGGUCAGGAAUUCCCCGGCGAGGGUCCCGGUAAGGAUGGGGGCCAGGACUGCGGCUGCCAGGAGAUGGCAGUUUCACAUCCCGAAUUGAAGGCGGGAGCUCAGAGGCCGUGGUCGCCCAGUCUCUUCUAUUAUGAUCCCAAUCAAAUGCCGCCGUCGGAGGGCGUGCAAUAGUGCUAGUCAAGAAUCAUAUGUCGAAUAUAUAUCGUUGGAUAUCACCGUUAUCGGAACAAAGGAGCUGAAUGCUCCCUCACUUUUUAGCUUGUACAUAUAGCGUAUUUAUAUGUAGUGUUUGUUAAGAGUUCAUUACCUGGAGGAUACCAAUUGAAAUUAUCUGUACGUAGUGCUUUGCAUAGUGCCUUAAAACGUAAUCCUAGAUCGUAAGCAAAGAUCAAUGCAUUGUAAAGGAAUUGAAAGCGGAUAACUCCAUUCAGAUGGCAUGUUUAAGUUCACAAAAACCAAAAUCACUUUGAAUAAAUGAAUCUCAUUGUUAGAGAUGAAAAAGUUAAAA